UUGACAUUGACUAUAUGCAAAAUUCAAAAGUCCUGUGUUCAUUAUUCAAACAUAGAAAGAAUAGUUUAAAGCAUGUUAAUACAAUACACAUAUCCCAGAUACUUUGCAUCAUUUAAACUUACACCCAAAGACGAUGUGCUGCUAAAUAAUAAUGAAAAUUAAAAAUUCUUUCUCUUUCUUUAGAUCGGUGAUGUAUAGAUGGCUCUUGAAUUUAGAAAAGCACAGGAACUCUGGCAGGAACAAGCACGUAUUGAGGCUCAAAAUAAUCGUGACCUUCGUUAUCAACAGGGAAAAAGUCCAUGCAAUGUAUUUAUACUGGAUACAUCUUCAAGUAUUGGAAUGGAAGGAUUCUUACAAAUGAAAGAUUUGUUUUGUACUAUUAUUGAUGAGUAUGCUAAUUAUCCACAUAACGACGAGAAUGUAGCUGUAAUUAUAUGUGGAAGAAGGACUAAAAUUCAACAUUAUUACUCCAACCAAUACAUGGAUCUCAAGCAUUGUCUGAGUAUAUCAAAACAAUUUCUUCCUCACAAUAUCAAACAAUUAAGGUUGUAUGAGU